UGAGGCGGCGGCAAGAUGGCGGCGGCGGCGGCAGCUGGAAGUGGGGCGAGUCCUGCGCUGUCCUCGGGAGGGGAAGAGCCACCAGCGGGCCCCGAGUCGCCGGCAGAGGAGGCGGUGUCAGCGGGGCCGAGCGCGGGGUUCCGGCUGACGGCGGUGCGGAGGGAGCCGGCCGUGCGGCUGCAGCACGGCGUGAGCGGGCUGGAGCCGCUGGCCUGGUCUGAGGACCACCGGGUGUCGGUGAGCACGGCCCGGAGCAUCGCCGUGCUGGAGCAGCUCAGCGACAUUCACAGCGGCGGGCAGGAGCUGGUCAUCCACCGCACGGCCGUGCCCGCGCCCGCCGCCGGCUGCCUGCUCAAGGUUGGUUCAAAAAAGGAGGUUGCAGAAUGUAAGGAAAAGUUUGCAAACUCUAAGGAUCCAACUGUUAGUCAAACCUUUAUGCUAGAUAGAGUAUUCAACCCUGAAGGAAAGUCACUACCACCUAUGCGAGGAUUCAAAUAUUCCAGCUGGUCUCCGCUGGGUUGUGAUGCUAAUGGAAGAUGCCUUCUAGCAGCUCUAACAAUGGACAAUCGAUUAACUAUCCAUGCUAAUCUCAACAGACUACAGUGGGUGCAGCUGGUUGAUCUGACAGAAAUGUAUGGGGAGCGUCUGUAUGAAACCAGUUACAAACUUUCUAAGGUUGAGACCCCCAGAGGAGAACUAGGGGACUUUGCAGAAUUUCAGAGACGACAUAGCAUGCAGACUCCAGUCCGUAUGGAGUGGUCAGGUAUCUGCACCACCCAGCAGGUGAAACACAACAAUGAAUGCCGAGAUGUUGGCAGUGUGCUCUUAGCCGUACUCUUUGAAAAUGGAAACAUUGCUGCUUGGCAAUUUCAGCUUCCUUUUGUGGGUAAGGAAUCCAUCACUUCUUGCAAUACCAUAGAGUCAGGAAUAAAUUCCCCUAGCGUCUUGUCUUGGUGGGAAUACGAACACAACAACCGAAAGAUGAGUGGACUCAUUGUAGGGAGUGCUUUUGGACCGGUUAAAAUCCUUCCUGUCAACUUAAAAGCAGUUAAAGGCUACUUCACACUCCGGCAACCUGUUGUCUUAUGGCAAGAAAUGGACCAGUUGCCAGUACACAGUAUAAAAUGUAUUCCUCUCUACCAUCCUUACCAGAAAUGUAGCUGUAGCUUAGUGGUGGCUGCAAGAGGGUCUUAUGUGUUUUGGUGUCUUCUCUUGAUAUCCAAAGCAGGUCUGAAUGUCCAUAAUUCCCAUGUGACAGGGCUUCACUCUUUACCAAUUGUAUCCAUGACUGCGGAUAAACAGAAUGGCACAGUAUAUACAUGCUCAAGUGACGGAAAGGUAAGGCAACUCAUUCCCAUCUUCACAGAUGUUGCAUUAAAGUUUGAGCAUCAGCUUAUUAAGCUGUCUGAAGUGUUUGGCUCUGUGCGGACUCACGGGAUAGCUGUAAGCCCAUGUGGCGCAUACCUAGCGGUUAUUACAACAGAGGGCAUGACCAAUGGCCUUCACCCUGUAAACAAAAACUAUCAAGUUCAGUUUGUAACUCUCAAAACAUUUGAGGAAGCAGCUGCUCAACUCUUGGAGUCUUCUGUGCAAAAUCUUUUUAGACAAGUGGACCUGACGGACCUUGUGCGCUGGAAGAUUUUGAAGGAUAAGCAUAUCCCUCAAUUCUUACAAGAAGCCUUGGAUAAAAAGAUUGAGAGCUGUGGAUCCACUUACUUUUGGCGUUUUAAGCUAUUCCUUUUGAGAAUUUUGUACCAGUCAAUGCAAAAAACACCCUCUGAGGUGAUGUGGAGGCCUUCGCAUGAGGACACAAAAGUAUUAAUAUUGGAUUCCCCUGGAAUGGGCAGUACUGAGGAUGAUCAUCAAGAAGAGGGAACUUCAAAACAGGCCAGCAAGCAGAGUUUGUGUGAAGUGAGCAAAGGAACAGACCCAGAUGACCCAGCAGAUGAUACUCUUGCCCACUCAAGUGACGUAGGAGGACAUGAGCCAAUGGAAGAGAAGCUCCUUGAAAUACAGGCACGAAUUGAAGCAGUAGAAAUGCACUUGACACGGGAACACAUGAAGCGGGUGUUGGGAGAAGUUUACUUGCAUACAUGGAUUACAGAGAACACCAGCAUUCCUACCAGAGGAGUCUGUGAUUUCUUAAUGUCUGAUGAAGGCUAUGAUGACAGAACAGCACGAGUGCUGAUUGGACAUAUCUUAAAGAAAAUGAACAAACAGACUUUCCCAGAGCACUGCAGCUUGUGUAAAGAGAUCCUGCCAUUCACAGAUCGCAAACAGGCGGUCUGCUCCAACGGCCACAUUUGGCUCAGGUGCUUUUUAACCUACCAGUCCUGCCAGAGUUUGGUAUACAGAAGGUGUCUGCUUCAUGACAGCAUUGCACGGCAUCCAACCCCAGAAGAUCCUGAAUGGAUCAAGAGGUUAUUGCAAGGACCUUGUACUUUCUGUGAUUCUCCUGUGUUUUAGAGAAAGCUGUGGGAAGCUUGAAGACAUUUUCUCUACUGCAUAAAACUCCAUUCAGCCUGGAAGGAGGCAGAAGGUGCAGGAGUAUAUCCAUUGUACUGAAGGAAGAAGACACUGUUCCUAAUCCUGUAAAUAGAACACUUGAAGUUCAAGAAGCUCAGUAGUGUAGUGACCCAUUUCAUACUCCAGAAACGAGAGCAUCCUCUGAGUACCUAGCACAAUGGAGUUUAUGGAACGAUUUUGAGGCAACCACGGACCCUGUUAAAGCAUCAGCAUUUGAUUGGAUACAUUUCCUUUUAUUGAAAGAUCAGAAAUCUGAGAAGCAGGCAGCCUGAACUCUGUCUCUGGUGAAAACUGGAUGCUUUUCUCAAGGGUGAGAGCAUCCCAAUCUGGCAGAAUGCAGGAGGCACUUCUUGAACAGUCUUGGUGGGAAGAGAGGGCUUCAGUCUGCAGUGCUCCUGUUUGUUUGCUUAAUCAGUACUGGCACUCGCUGUACCACAGAACAUUAAACUAUCAGAAAUAAUGUGUGAUUCUAAUAUUUCUUAAGUGACCCGCAUGUCAGUUUUAGCCACUUGAUAGAAGUCAGCCACUGCAUUAGAUCUUUCACUCCAUAACUAGCAAAAUUAUUCCUGGUAUUUCUCAGGGUUUGGGGAAAAAAUUGCAGUCAGAAAGCUAAAAAUCGGCAGCUUGUGCCAAAUAUGGAUCAAUAAGAGGAAGUUUUUAAAUCCUAAUGGUUAUAAGUAAACAAUAUUAGCAUUUAGAUAUUCCAUGUCAGAGACCCAAUUCUAAAAUAUAUAAUGUCUAGUACUCAAAUCUCCUUGUUUUUUUCUGAAAUAAGUUUUAACUAUUUACCACACUUGUGCCAACACCUGAUCUCUUCAGUUCAUUUCACACACUGUCAACAGGAACCACACUCCCCUGCUAUAUAACCCAGUAACCCGGCUAGUGCCACUUUUCCUUCCCUCCAAUCAGGCAGUGUGACUGUCUUCCAAAGCACUGCAAUAAUUUGGCCCCAAAACAAUCAUUUCUUGCUAUCAUUUGGUUUUCUUUAUUUACUAUAAAAAGCCAGUUUGCGUAUAAAAGAGAAAUAUUAAAUUAGAUCGGAAAUAUCUAACCAAAACAUUCGGAGUCUGGUGAAGCUGUUCUGUGUUAGUUGUAAAAUGAAAGAGAUGAUUAGAUCAGGUAUUCGGAAACAUACCUCUGAAUUAUCCAGGUGGAACCCGUUUGUCACUGAAACAGUGUUUUCUUUGACUGUCCCACUGGAUAAUUGUCCUUUCUGCCUCUGGGACCCAGCGUAUGUGGGGGACAUUUCCUCUUCAACUUUCUACAAAGUGCUAGAGGAAUAAUCCUUCCAAAACGAGUUUCUGUCAUUAGAAUCCAUCUUGUCUGGUUAAGAACCAUUUUCUCAGGCAAUCCAAAAUUCUGUUUCCACUUCCACCCUUAAAAACGCCAGUCCACUAGAUGCUCCCUGAAAAAAAAGGUGUUUAGUUGUUUUGUUUGUGGGAUGCAUGAUGUGUAAAAUUCACUUCUCCAGGCUUCUUCUUGUGUGGGAAGCAACAGUGUGAAUCUCCAGCGAAUCAGCUUGUCAUGCAUCAACAUUUUAUGUGGGCUCUGUUACAGAGCACAAAUACUAGAUUAGGUAUUUGAGAGCAGCAAGGAAUUAUCCAGACAGUAUUCAACAAAUGCAUGUGUGGAUUGGUGCUUAAGUUUUCUUGACUUAAUGACUAUGCACAUUUUCUUAAUGUUCCUUUACCCUUAUUAGGAGCAGUCACAUCUCACUUCAUAUUCAAACAAGCUAACUGCCUUUACAGUUCAGUGUUUCAUGUGUUGAGCAUGAUAAUGCUCCUACAAUAUACAAUAAUUCUAAUAAUUCAGAAGAUUAGAAAACCAUAAGCACAGAUAGAUUCAUUUGUAAAAUAACCAUAGCCUUGUCUGUGGUUUGAGCAUUGGCCUGCUAAACCCAGGGUUGUGAGUUCAUUACUUGGGGAUCUGGGGCAAAAUCAGUACUUGGUCCUGCUAGUGAAGGUAGGGGGAUGGACUCGAUGACCAUUUGGGGUCCCUUCCAGUUCUAUGAGAUAGGUAUAUCUCCAUAUAUAUUUUUUAUUAUUAUUUAUUACUGUAAUUGUAUUAAAGAAAUGUUUAGGGUUUUUUUGGUGUGCAUUACAAACUGAAAUAAACUUAGUGGUAUAUUUGCAAACAGCGUUUGUAGCUCCCAGUGUCAGCCAGCAAAGCAAGCAAUGGAAAACCAUUGUCAGUUGGAAUGCUCAGAGUUGCACUGACAUCUGUUGUAUGCUCAGUUUGAGGCAAGUACCAAGGUUAGAAUCAUAGAAUCUCAGGGGUGGAAGGACCCUCAGGAGGUCAUCUAGUCCAACCCCCUGCUCAGAGCAGGACCAAUACCCAGACAGAUUUCUGCCCUAAAUCCCUAAAUGACCCCUUCAAGGAUUGAACUCACUAUUCCCGGUAGGAUUCCUCUCCCUUCUCAGAUGCUACCUAACUCUCCCUUCUCUGGGGAAACAAAUGUCCUUUUUAAUCCAAUCUGAAUGCUGGGAUAGUCCAGGAUUGGUGGUGGGUAAUGGACUUGCAAAGUCAAGCUUUAUAGGCUCUUGUAAAAACAGUCCCCAUCAACUGGUCUUAGUCAAAUAUUCUGUUGCCCUUCUGAAAUAAUUCUAAUCUUGGGGAGCGUUAGAGGAGCUUUAUAAAUGAAAUUAAUUUUUCUGAUAAACUUGUUUUUGUAUCUGUUUCAGGCUUAGUGGUGGUAAAAUCUACUGGGCCACUGACGUGUUUCUAGGUCUGGCAGACCAGAAGCUGGGAAUGGGAAUAACGUACUCAUCCUUUUAACCCUCAGAGUCCGAUUUAGAGAUGGUGCCAUGUUCAAUCCUGUGGUGUUUUCUUUAUUUAAUAUUACUGCAGUUAACUGGCCCUGCAAAGGGAAAAGUUGAGGGCCAUGGAAGGGUUCAAAGAGGAGUUCUCAAGUUUGGUGCAUUUUUGACCUAAUGAUGAAGCUGGAAGUUACAUUUAUUCACUGAUCUUUUCAGGCCUAAAGGCCACUGAAAUGCAUUCUGGGGUGGGAACAUUUUAGCUGGCAGGCCACUCAGUUACCAGGCUGAAUGGAAGGUUAUUUAUUUCAUGUCUUCAAUUCCCGGAUUUCCCUUGUAUUUCAAAUUCAGCUCAUAAGAGAGCCUGACAAAGUUGCUGUGAAUAUUGAUGCUGUAUAUAUGGCACUUUUUGUAAAUGUGAAGCAAACUUGAAUGAUGUGUUUUGUAUACUGCAACAGUAGCAUUGUAAUCCCACCUUCUCUUUUUUUUUAUUCCAAAUAAACAGAUUAGUUCUUGUA